GAUGUACAACUUGUAGUUGUAAGGAAAAGAGGGGUGGGUGAGUAAGUGAGUGGAAAAAAUUUAAUUUUAAUUUUUUAAUUUUUUUUUUUUUGUGUUAUUAACUUAUCAUCACCAUCAUCAUCAAAUUACAUGGUUGUGUUAAAAUGGAUACUUUGUUUAGACUAGUUAGUUUCCAACAACCACACCCACAACAACAACAACAACAACAACAAUUAUCUUCUGAUCAAUCUUCUUUCAACAAUUCAACAAAUUCAAGUAGCUCUUCUAUUAGAUCUUCUAAACAAAAUCACCAUUAUUAUCAACAACCACAAUUACAACAAUACCCUCAAGAUCAUCAUCAUCAUCAUCAAGAUCAAGAAGAAGAAUGCUUCAACUUUUUCAUGGAUGAAGAAGACUUUUCUUCUUCUUCUUCUCAUAAUAAACAACAUCAUCAUCAUCAUCAUCAUCCUCAAACACAACCAUACCCUUCUUCUUAUCAUCCCCAUCAUCAUCAUCAUCAUCAUCAUCAACAUCAACCAUUACAAUAUCAUCCAUCAACUUCACCAUCCACCACCACUACUUCAACACCAACUAAUACAACUACAACCACCACACCACUCCCUCUUAUAUCCGACCCUUCAUUUUACUCAGGCAAAUGGGCUAAUACCCUUCUCCUAGAAGCUGCGCGAGCGGUGUCAGACUCCGACACCGCUCGCUUACACCAGCUUCUAUGGAUGCUUAACGAGCUCGCAUCCCCAUACGGGGACGUCGAGCAAAAGUUAGCAUCUUACUUCACACAAGCCCUCUUCACUCGCAUGACAGAUUCAGGUGACAGAUGCUACCACACCAUGAGAACCGCAGCAGAUAAGUCCUUUUCAUUUGAAUCAACACGUAAAAUGUUGCUUAAGUUCCAAGAAGUUAGCCCUUGGACUACUUUUGGUCAUGUAGCUAGCAAUGGCGCACUUAUUGACGCUUUAGAUGGGGAACAUAAUCUACACAUAAUUGAUAUAAGUAACACUUUCUGUACACAAUGGCCUACUUUGUUAGAAGCUGUUGCUACUCGUAUGGAUGAAACACCACAUUUGAAGCUAACUACUGUACUCGAUGGUGAUGAACCAGGUGUUCAGAGAGUGAUGAGAGAGAUUGGGAAUAGGUUAGAGAAGUUCGCAAGAUUAAUGGGUGUACCAUUUAAGUUUAAAGUUAUACAUCAUGUAGGAGAUUUAUCAAACUUUGAUUAUUCUCAACUUGAUAUAAGAGAAGAUGAAGCAGUAGCUAUUAACUGUGUUAACUCACUUCACUCAGUGAGUCAACACAGAAGAGACACCAUUUUUGCAGCUUUUCGAAGGUUGAACCCUAAAGUUGUCACCAUUGUUGAAGAAGAAGCAGAUUUUGUGGGUCCUACUCCUACUCAUACUCAUACUCAUACUCCUACAUCGGAUGAGUUUGUACGAGGAUUUGAAGAGUGUUUAAGGUGGUUUAGGGUUUACUUUGAAUCAUUAGAUGAAUGUUUUGGUAGAACGAGUAAUGAGAAGUUGAUGCUAGAACGGGCAGCGGGCAGGGGACUUGUGGAUUUGUUAGCCUGCCCGGAGUCCACGUCAUCGGAGAGGAGAGAGAUUGCGAGUAAGUGGACAGGUAGGAUGCGUGGGGCCGGAUUUGUACACGUGGCGUAUAGUGAUGAAGUGUGUGAUGACGUAAGAGCUUUAUUGAGAAGGUAUAAAGAAGGAUGGUCAAUGACACAGUGUAGUGAGUCUUCGUCUUCGUCUUCGACUGCCGGAAUAUUCUUGAAUUGGAAGGAUCAACCGGUGGUGUGGGCCAGUGCAUGGAAGCCAUAGUUGUGGAUGGCACGUGCGAUCAUGCAUUUUGGACCACGCUUGCACGUGCAUGCAUUUCAAUGUGUGUGAGUUUUAGGGGUGUGAGUUUUUUUUUUAAUUUUUGUUAAUUUAAUUGAAAUUCCUCUUAAACAAGUAGGAAAAAGUGAAGGCAAUGAGAUACUAUCAUAUUAGGUUGCAACUUGGAUUUUGGAUAGGGUUUGAUGACAAUGCAUGAAUUGGUGAUUAUGAUGAUAUAAUAUUUGGGUUCAAUUUUAUUUUUUUUCAA